AGAUAGAGCUCUACUUCGACCGAGGAAACCACCACGACUUUCUGUCUCUGGUGAGGCAGCUCUCUCCUCCGGGGGAACUGACUCAGUCCGCUGUGUUUGAUUUCGAGUUUCAUCACGUCGAGAAACCCUACGAGUCGUACACCGGGACCAAUGUCAAGUUGAGGUAUUUCCUGCGGGUGGUGGUGGUGAGGAGACUCUCGGACCUGACGAAGGAGCUGGACCUGGCCGUCCACGCCCUCUCCUCCUUCCCAGAGAUGGUCAACUCUCUCAAGAUGGAGGUGGGCAUCGAGGACUGUCUGCACAUUGAGUUUGAAUACAACAAGUCCAAGUAUCACCUGCGGGACAUAGUGGUGGGGAAGAUCUACUUCCUCCUGGUCCGUAUCAAGAUCAAACACAUGGAGAUUGCCAUCAUCAAGAAAGAAACUUCCGGAACACCUCCCAAUAUCUAUACUGAGAAUGAGCAGGUAGCCAAGUAUGAGAUCAUGGAUGGUGCUCCUGUCAGAGGUACACACACAUACAUUUACUAUGGACAGUGA